GGUCUGCUAGAACAUCUCAGCUGCAGCUCUUGGACUAGAAGCUGAAUACAAUGCAUUAGGAUAUUGAAGACACUUCUUAUAUUAAAUUUUUGAAAUAUAAAGAAGGAAAAGUGACUAAAAAUGGGGCGGAAGAAAAUACAAAUCACUCGCAUAAUGGAUGAACGGAACAGACAGGUCACUUUUACAAAGAGAAAGUUUGGAUUAAUGAAGAAAGCCUAUGAACUUAGUGUGCUCUGUGACUGUGAAAUAGCACUCAUCAUUUUCAACAGCUCUAACAAACUGUUUCAGUAUGCCAGCACUGAUAUGGACAAAGUUCUUCUCAAGUACACAGAAUAUAAUGAACCUCAUGAAAGCAGAACCAACUCGGAUAUUGUUGAGACUUUAAGAAAGAAAGGCCUUAAUGGUUGUGAGAGCCCUGAUGCUGACGAUUACUUUGAGCACAGUCCACUCUCGGAGGACAGAUUCAGCAAACUAAAUGAAGAUAGUGAUUUUAUUUUCAAACGAGGCCCUCCUGGUUUACCACCUCAAAACUUCUCAAUGUCUGUCACAGUCCCUGUGACUAGCCCUAAUGCAUUAUCGUACACUAACCCAGGGAGUUCACUUGUGUCUCCAUCUUUGACAUCCAGCUCAACAUUAGCAGAUUCAGGCAUGCUUUCUCCACCUCAUACAACAUUACAUAGAAAUGUAUCCCCUGGAACUCCUCAGAGACCACCAAGUACUGGCAGUGCAGGUGGGAUGUUGAACAGUUCUGACCUCACAGUGCCAAAUGGAGCUGGAAGCAGUCCAGUGGGCAAUGGAUUUGUAAACUCAAGAGCGUCUCCAAAUUUGAUUGGAAAUACUGGUGCGAAUAGUUUAGGCAAAGUUAUGCCCACAAAGUCUCCGCCUCCUCCUGGUGGUAACAGUCUUGGAAUGAAUAGUCGGAAACCAGACCUGCGUGUUGUUAUCCCACCUUCAAGCAAGGGCAUGAUGCCUCCUUUGAAUACCCAGAGAAUAAACAGUUCUCAAGCCACUCAACCUCUUGCUACUCCAGUAGUGUCUGUGACAACCCCAAGCUUGCCUCCACAGGGACUUGUAUACUCAGCAAUGCCUACUGCUUACAAUACUGAUUAUUCCCUGACUAAUGCAGACCUCUCAGCCCUGCAGGGUUUCAGUUCCCCAGGAAUGCUGUCUUUGGGACAGGUGUCAGCCUGGCAGCAACACCAUUUAGGACAAGCAGCCCUCAGCUCUCUUGUUGCUGGAGGGCAGUUAUCUCAGGGUUCAAAUUUAUCCAUCAAUACCAACCAAAACAUCAACAUUAAGUCAGAACCAAUUUCACCUCCCCGGGAUCGAAUGACCCCAUCAGGCUUUCAGCAGCAGCAACAACAGCCACAACCUCUGCAGUCCCAUCCCCAGCCCCAGACUCGGCAGGAAAUGGGGCGCUCCCCUGUGGACAGUCUGAGCAGCUCUAGUAGCUCCUAUGACGGCAGUGACCGGGAGGACCCACGUGGCGAUUUCCAUUCUCCAGUUGUGCUGGGCCGACCCACAAACACUGAGGACAGGGAGAGCCCUUCUAUGAAGCGUAUGCGUAUGGACACUUGGGUUACCUAAGGCUCUUGGGGCCAGCAUUAUUCCUUUGUGUUACUGCAGUGAACUGCCCUACAUUGGUCAGUAUGGACAGGAGUUAAGAAUAUUUAUAUGUACAUGCAUACAUAUAUAUCCCAUUACAUAUAUAUGUAUGUGAGUGUGAGUGGGUGUGUGUUACAGACAGAGUCAUGCACUUACCUGCAAACUCCCUAUAGAUCUACAGAUGUACAUCCUAUGGCAGAUAAACCACCCUGUAGACAGAGAUCUAGUCUGGCACUUCCUUGGACUACUUGUUUCAUAAGAGAACCAGUUUUUGCAAAGAAAUGUGUACCCAUUUAGAAUUCUCCCACACUAGCUUGCAGAAACCCCAGAGGGCCCCUACUUGUUUUAUUAACUGUGUGGUGAUUAUAGUAUUUAAAAUGCUUUGUAGAACAGAGCAGUAGAAAAGCAGGAAUCAAGAAAGCAAUACUGUACAUAAAAUGUCAAAUAUUAUAAUAAUUACCCAACCUGGCAUGGGUCUCUCUUGCAAAGGGGUGCAUGGAAAGGGCUGUUGAUUUAAAAACAAAACAAAAACACAGAGUUCCACACAUAACUGUUUUGCACGUGCAAAAAUGUAUUGGGUCAAAGAAGUGAUCUUUAGCUAAUAAAAAAGAGAAAACACGCAUGAGAUAUUCAGCAUAUAUAGCCUAGAAAUACAGAGCAUUAACAAAAUAAAACUAAUAUAUUAAGUUAUAAUUGGAAUAUGCCAGAAGUUUCUUUUUACAUUCAUAUCUUAAAAAUUAAACUGAUUUUAGCUCAUGUAUAUUUUAUAUGAAACAAAACAUCCUUAUGAAUUGAUAAUUAUAUAUAAAAAUAUAUUCACUACAUUUGAACACAUUCUCCUAUGAAUUAUUUAUAUAAGCCAAAGCUGUAUGUUGUAUUUUUACUUUUUUUUAAAAAAAAAAAAAGAAUAGCUUUAUCUUGUUUUAGCCAGUUUUGUUUUCUUUUACAAAGGUGGGGGGGGACAAAAAUAUCUUACAAGCAGAAC